AUGGCGAAAGACAAUCCCAAGACUCAAUCGAAAAAGACGACAUCUGCGCCCAAAAAGUCGCGCUCUGCGAUCUCAGAUGUCGUCGCCCGCGAAUACACCAUCCAUCUGCACAAGCGAGUUCAUGGCAUCAGCUUCAAGAAGCGAGCGCCUCGCGCGAUCAAGGAAAUCCGUAAAUUUGCCACCAUGGCCAUGGGAACCCGCGACGUCCGCCUCGACCCCCAACUGAACAAGAAAGUCUGGGAGUCUGGUAUCAAAGGCGUGCCAUUCCGACUGCGUGUGCGCAUCAGCCGUAAGCGUAACGACGAAGAGGGCGCCAAGGAGAAACUAUACAGCUAUGUGCAGGCUGUGAACGUCAAAGAGAAGGAGGCUAAGGGUCUGCAGACGGUUGUUGUUGAAGACGCAUAA